UCCCCAGGCAAGAUGGCCGCCGCAGCUUCACUCGUCCCUCCGGAGAUGGUGAAGUGAGGGACACCCUUCAGUGGUGUGUGGACUUCUCCAGACGAGCUCUUAAACACGCUCCACGGUUCAGGCAAACCCGCCUCAAAAGGCUCGCUACAACGCGGCUGCCCUGUGGGACCAGCGUACCCUCGGUAAUGUACCAUAUUAAAAAUAGAAAAUCACGCUGCCGCUUAUUGAGAUUGAAAUAUUAAACUUUCAAAAUGCCCAAGCGCAGAGCCCUUUCAUCUCCCAACGUUCCAUUAGAGAAAAAAAUACCAAGAAUAAACAAUGAUUCAGCUUCCUCCUCUUCCUCUGUGUCUUCUGAUUCAGAUAGUGAUGAUAAUGAUCAAAACAUAUCAUAUAGACUUUUAAAACCUACAUUUCCUCUUGAACAGUCUUCUGGAUAUGUAAAAAAAUACAACUGUGAAGACAAAUUAGAUCGAUCAGUCGUUUGUGUCAGUAAACAUGCUAAUGAUUCCAAUUGUCCAUUACAUACUAGCACAUUAGCCGCGGUAUGCCAAAAGAAACCCUUUGCAGAGGCAAUUUCAGAACCAGCUUUUCCGCAAAAUGCACCAUUAGAAAGCGGCAGUGCUGAAAAUAAAACACCUGGUUUUCCAGCUGAAAAGACUGCUGGUUUACAAAUAGAGGACUCUACAGCAUUAGGCCCGGUGAGUUGUAUUACUUCCAAGUGUGAACCCAUAUCAUUAGCAACAGUGCAAGAUAGCAGCCCACUUUUCUCCACCAAAGAGACGGCUGAGGAUGAGAGGAGUGUUAAGGUGGGUGCUUGCACAUCUUCAGCAGUGUGCGAGCCUGAAACGUUGGCCAUGGUUGUUAAACUUGAAACAUUGGAGAAGGAAGAUAAUGCCUCUUCCUCGAAAAGCCCGAACCAAUAUGUGGCUGAAUUAACUUCAAAAGAUGUGCAAAAGGAAGGAGGAGGAGGAGAAGAAGAAGAAGAUGAUGAGCUGCAGAUUGUGAUUGUUGAAGAUACUUAUCUAGAAAAGAAGCUCGAGGAUGAUGCACAGCAGCACAAUCUGACUGCAACAAAUGUUAAAAACAUUUUGCAUGAAGUCAUCACGAAUGAGCAUGUAAUUGCUAUGAUGAGAGCAGCCUUGAAUAACGUCGAUGAAGCCCCAAUUUUUGAACCAAAGAUGACACGCUCAAAAGCGAAAGAAGCUUCAGAAAAGGGCUCUCAACCACAGUUUCUGGAGAUUCCUCUUGAGGAAGAGGACUCAUCUGAUGAAGAAUACCAACCAGAAGAAGAGGAAGAUGACACAGCUGAGGAGACCCUUCUGGAGAGUGAUCUGGAGAAUUCCCUGGUGGUUGAAUGUGUUUCUCCAAUCAGCCCUGGGCACCACCGGUUAAGGCGCAGCUCGUGUGUUUCUGAUGUUGAGGAUGAAGGCAGUACUGAUGCACAGUCAAUCCAAGUUGAAGAACCACAGCCCACAAUUCAGAAGGUCAGGCACAUUAGCGCCAUGGUUGUGCCAAUGGGGCCUCCCCCUCCCCUUCCAGCAAAGGACAGCACUUUUAUUGAGAAGCUCAAUGCUGUUGACGAAGAGUUGGCUUUCAGCAGCAUUGUCGGAUAUCAAUAUCGGCCAGACGAUGAAAACUUAAUAGCAUACCGCACACGCUCCAAGCGGACACUGAGGGACAUGCCUAUUGGGCAGCUAGAAGCAGAGCUGAAUGCACCAGAUAUAACGCCAGAUAUGUACGAGCCGGCAGUUACCGAGGAUGAAGAUUGGAAGACUUGGCUGCAUGGGCUUAUGACAGACCCAGUAGAUAAUGCAGAAGACAACGAUGAUGAAGAGGAUGACCCAGAAUACAAUUUCCUGGAGGACCUUGAUGAGCCUGAUGUGGAGGACUUCAGGAAUGAUCGUUCUGUCCGGAUAAGCAAAAAGGAAGUCAAUGAAUUAAUGGAAGAACUCUUUGAAACGUUUGGAGAUGAGGCAGGCUCUCAAGAGUGGGAGGAGGAGGUUGAAGAAGAAGCCGAUCAACAAGAGGCUGAUUUCAAUACCCCUCAGACAAUCAGAUUUGAGGAACCCCUGGCAAAUGUCAUUAUGGACUGCCGGCAAACGGUUAAGACACAGCUGGACCUUUUGAGGAUGAGGAAAAGUAAUAUCAAGAAAAAAGCACCUAAUUCUCCAGGAAACAAGGAAGAGGAGAAGAAAGUCCUUUGCUCUUUUUCCUUAUCUCCAGAGCAGCAUACCAUGCUCCAGCAGCAAAUGCAGCAGCAUGUUCAACUCCUGACACAAGUUAACCUGCUGUCAACUGACAAUCCAAGUCUUUCCUCGGACGCUCACCUCUGCAGGACAUAUCUCCAAGAACUUUACAUUCUUGGGGAGAUGUCGCAGACAAAAUACCGGGAUGUCAACUCGGCCUUCCGUUCCUCUUUCAUUCCAUGCAACCUGAUGGAGUCCUUGUGUAUUGUUGAUGACUUUGACAAGAGUGAAAAAACCAAGUCAAUAAAAAAUAAUUCCAAAAAAGAUAAAAAAUUAAAGUCCAGUGAAAAAGGAUCGAUUAAAGGAAGCAAACUUCAAUGUCCUGCCAAGCUGGCUUGUAUUAUAAUGAAGAGCCAGGUGUUCAUGUAUCGGGAGCUUCUGCCCUGCUGCAUGCUACAUCCUCCACAACCCAAAGAGAAGAUUUUUUUCACGAAUGGAGAAGACAAUCUGUUGGUGUUGGGUCUCAAGCACUUUGAAAAAACAUCCUGGCAAAAGACGCUCAUCAGCCAGUACCUAAUGCCUCCAAAAUCUAUGCAACAGAUUUCCUUCAGGAUUAAGAACUUGAUGGCAGCACGCAGUAGCAACAAUGUUGUAAAGACAUACAAAAAGACUGGAGUAGUACCCGUGAUGCCCAAGCCGUGUGUGGACGUGCUUCCUGAAGAAGCAGUUGCACCGAUUGACAGAGAUCCUCGAGACAUUCCUCAGUGGCUCAGGAAAUGUAUUAGUGUUGUGAAAUCACAACAAAAUAUAAAAGAAAGCGUCACUCCGCAAUCGCCUCCAACGGCCCUUCCUGAUGUAAACGAACAACUGCAUGAAAAUGAAACCGCGAUGCCACAGUCACCUCCCAAGGUCACUGUCACUGAAGAAGACCCGCAAUCAACCAAAGAAAGCAAACGUGUUGAAGACAGCAAAAGUCCACAGGGUGAAAUGUUACAGAGUUCCAUGCAAAGUGUCACCGUUAUGGAAAAUGACUUAUUGGGCUGCUUCAACGUUGCGGGUGAUGAAGGAGACCUAAAAGUCAAUGCAACUGACAAAACGAGAUCAGAUUGUGAAGGAGGAGCACAGGUGGAUGAGCAAGAAGAAGAAGAGCUCACACAGGAGGAGGAGGAGGAAGAUGAUUCUUCAUCAGAGUCUGGAGAUUCUGCACUCUCUGUCCCAGAACUACAGGAAACUAUUGAUAAGUUGUCUUGGUUAGCUUCAGACACAAGGGCAAAUAAUCCAGGUGGUGAUUCUGAAGAUGAUAUAAUAUCUCAAGAGGAGACCUCUGAGCAAGAUGAGGAAGAAGAAGAGACAACAGAACCUGCUCACAAUGAGCAGGAAAAUAAAUGGAACCCUGUCAUCCCUGCAUUUUCCAGUAGUCCACCAGCUCCUGUCGAAGAAAGUGUCAUCAGCAAUGUUGAAAUUGAGAGACAGCUGGAUGUGGCUCCUAAGAAAAAAGUUGCAAUCAAAGUCAAGCCUAAACGAACCAGGUAUAGAGCAUGUAUGGAUACAUCAAAAAUGUUGCUUUUACUAGGUGAUGAUAUUUUGGAAACGGAUCCACAACGUGAUAAAAAGGAUUUGAUAUUUGCUCAGGCAUACUUGAAUAAAGUGAAAGAGACCCUUCAACACACCCCUGGAAAGUAUGAAGAGUUUUUGAAGAUCUUACAUAACUUUGAGAUGAACCAUGCUCAUCGGUCAGUUGUGGACAUGUAUGAAGAGCUACACAAUGCAUUUAAAGAAUGGCCUGAGCUCUUAAAAGAGUUUGCUGUGUUUCUAUUGCCUGAUCAAGCACUGGAGUGUGGACUGUUUGAGGAACAGCAAGAUUUUGAGAAAGGCAGAACGUUUCUGCGGCAACUGGAGAUAUGUUUUGGUGAAAAUCCAUCUUAUUAUCAGAAGAUCGUCAAGGCUCUACAAAGUUGCGUGAAGUUUACCAACGAAGAAGUAAAUGAGCUGAAAACACAGAUGUGGCACCUUAUGAAAAACCAUAAUUAUCUUCAGGAUGUGUUCUCCAUGUUUUUUGAUCACUUGAAGCCACCAACAAGCAGAAUGGAUGACUUUGAGGAAGUAAAUUGGACAGAUGAAAAAGAGUAUAAGUUUGAUGGAUUUGAAGAAGUUGUUUUGCCAAAGUUGAAGAAAUACAAUAAAGAGAAGAACAAGGACGGUCCAUCGAGCAGUGGAAAGGAUGACAUUUCCACUGCAGGGGCAAAGCCCUGCACCUGUACGUGUCAUGAAGUAACUAACACCGAGCUGAAACCUAAGAAAUGCAAGAAAAGGUGUCUGAUUUGUGUAAACAAGAUUUCCGGAAAUGUGAAAAUUGGAAAACGUAAAGAAAUUGAGCAUCUAUCUCGGCUGACUGAACAAGACCCUCCUACUCAAGUUACAGAAAGCCUCUCUCCCUUGAAAAAAUCUGAGGGGUUUCAUAACAACAUAGACGAUGAUGGAAAAUAUUCUGUAAUUUUACAGACUCACAAGAACACAGACUUUGUACAGACUAAUGAGGCUAAUUUUGACAGUCCUGUUUUAGAGUGUCAGAGCAUUGUCCAGACUGGACCAACUGUUGAUAGUCCCACGAGAGACCAUAAAUCCACCCCUACAUGUCUGCAUAAAUCCGAGAGGACUCCAUCUGAUGAAAAAUCACUGAGAGUUUCACUGGACGCAAAUUCUGCCGAUGAAAAGACAAGUAAAACCCAGCUUGAGUCAUGCAGUCAACCGAAGCAAAGCAGCUCUCGGAGAGAAACAACCACAGAAUGUGCCACAGAAAUUGUUUCGUCACUUGCCAGAUCAGUCAAGGCCAAGGAACAUGGCAGCGGCACUGUACAAAGCGGUAACAGCAAGCAUCAGGCUGAGCCUUUGGAGCGUCUACAUGUGGUGUGUGCCAAAAACAGCACAGUGAGCUCUACGGGGGAGCUCGUGGUGUUGUGGACCAGGGAAGCAGACAAGAUUAUUUUAACCACCUGCCAAGAGAAAGGAGCAAAUGGAGCUACUUUUACUGAAGUAGCCAAACUGCUUGGUAAUAAGAGCUCACAAGAGGUGUCCCGUCGAUUUCGCGAGCUGGUCAGGUUAUUUCACACGGCGGCAGCUGCAGUCUCUCCAUGCCAGCACUCGGAUGAGGAGGAGGAAGAGGACAGUGCAAGCAACAGCUUGGAGCCACUUUCCGACAGAGACUCAGUGGCCACAGAUGAUGAGAUUAGCUAGCAGCAUUUCGGAAGCCCCAGGUAUACCCAGAGUAUACACUGCCCACUAAGCAGGCAAUGUAUGGUAUACGCUAGCAGCAAUCGUGGCUGCUACAUUGCAAGAUGUAUAUUUUUAAGCGAUUGAUUCAUGACAUUCUGCAUCACCUUAAGCAAGGAGGCUCGAACAAUGGUAAACAGGAGCCUACAGCACGGAAUGCUCCUUAGCAGGGAGCACACUGUUAAUGUUAACGGAUACUUUUCUAAUCACACUUAACACGAAUAUAUGGCCACAUUGGCAGUAGUGUGCAAACAUGAAUAUAUUAAAACUUACCACAUUUGUCAAUAACACUGCCUAAUAACAUAUAUAUUUAUAUUAGGUUGAAAUCUCAGUCAAUGUCCAUAAGUGUCCAUAAUUGUUUUCUAUAUUAGUUUCAGGCAUUGGCCCUUUUCCAGUGCAGAGGAAAGGGAUAUUGCCCAAAAUGCUUCUUUUUUAUAUAGAUAGUGCUCUUGACCAAUGUGAUUUUUUAUUUAUUAUUAAAAUGUAUAUAACUUGCAAAGUGAAUUAGUUUGUUCAAAAAUUAAAACUGAGUUUCUACCACAUGGAAUGGAUUCCAUCAAACUUCCAAAUAGUGCAUUUGUGGCCAAAAGCAUGUUAAUCUGCUGCACUAUUUCGCUCUUAUACUAACUAAGCGAAUGUUUUUCAUUCUGGUAGGCUUUUGUCAUAUGUGGGCAGAUAUCUCAUAUAUGUUAAUGGUAAAGUCAUAAAGUAUUCAUAUUCCUGAACCGGAUCCUCGCCGGAAGGUAUAGUUAUAAUAAUAUGAUACAUUUAUAACACCAUUGAACGACUCAAUUUAGUGAUAUUCAGCUCACUGUUUGGUAUAUUUUCCUAAUUGCCCUUAAGAUUGCUGCUUUUACCCUUAUAUGUUGUGAAACAACAUGUUUCAGGAUGGAUAUUUAGUCUGAUUCUCGGUGCUCCGAGACCAUGACAGGAAGCUGUAUAAUUUCUAUGCUUUUCGAAAUCACUAGAUAUGACCGAUCAAAAUAUGUAAGUAAAUAUUGACACUCUUAAUUUUUUCCCUGUGUUAUAGUAAUUGUUCAUUUCUUUUUUUCGCACCAUCUUAACUGUAUAUUUUGUGCAAUAUGUUUGGGUGAAUUUUGGCAAUGGUGUUUUCAAUCAUGUUCUGUUAUGGUUGCUUUUUGUUGUACAUAUCAAGUGCAACCCUUUAAAUAUUUGAAGCACCGUUAUGAAUUGCUUAUGUUUUGAAUGUUGUGUAUUUACAAUUUUGCUUAUUAAAGAUGUGUGAUGGUGCCAUUUAAAAUUGAA